UUUGAAAUUAAUCUUAAACGAUAUGUCGUUUUCUAAAGAAAGGUUUUGCUAAAGAACGCCGCAAGGGUUUUACAGGCCGAGGAAGUUGGGCAUUUCAAUUUCUGAUCCUGUGCUUCACCACCACCAACACCACCAUGCUCUCCCGUCUUCUGCCCAAACCCUCCCAUUUCCGUGCCCUAACCCUAAUUUCCUCAAAGCUCCACUCUUAUCCCCAACCUCAAUCCCAAUUCGUUUCCAAAACUCCAACUUUCACUUCCUCUUUCGCCCCGAGAUUCUUCUCCUCCGAUCGCGGAAGCAACGACGGCGAAAAUGGCAGAAAUCAAUCCGACGGCGGCGUCUGGAACCUUUCUCAGGAUACCGACGGCAACUUCGAACCUUUCUUCGGCGCCGAAAACUCUGGAAAUGCCGCUACGAUGACGAGGCUCGACGGCGGCGAUGAGUGGCCGACGGCGGAGGGAUACAAGCCCUGGAAUUUAGCGGAGGAGGAGAGAAGCGACCUGUUUGAUAUUGGGGAAGUUGCGAGAGAUGAUGGUGAGAGUGAGGCUAGUAGUUUGGAAAAGCAAAGAGAGAAUGAGAUUGCCAAAGCCGAGGAGGCGAAGAGGCUUGAGAAAGAGGAACAAGUGCUCACUGCCAUACUCAAAGGUCCGAAUCGAGCAUUUGGCGAUCUUAUUGCUUCAUCCGGGAUCACGGAUGAAAUGAUUGAUAGCCUGAUUGCGCUGAAGGACUUGGAAGGAGUGGCCGGGUUGCCCCCUUUAGCUGAAAUAGAGGAAUUACGGUACGAGAAAAGUUUGAGGAAAUCUCAACGAGCGGAGAUAGAGCGCCAGAAGGAGGAGGAAUUUGCCAAAGCUAGGGUGAGAAAAGUGGAUGAUAAGGGAAGAGCUUAUGCGACAGGAAGAAGGAAAUGCAGUGUAGCCCGCGUCUGGAUUCAACCUGGUGAUGGAAAAUUCAUAAUUAACGAUAAAGAUUUUGAUGUAUAUUUUCCGAUACUCGAUCACCGUGCUGCUCUGCUUCGGCCUUUCUCUGAUACAAAAACAUUGGGGCUUUGGGACGUCAAUUGUACUGUUAAAGGAGGUGGUACCACAGGUCAAGUUGGAGCAAUUCUUUUAGGGAUCAGCAGGGCUUUGCAAAACUGGGAACCAGACCUCCGUCCUCCACUAAGAGCAGCUGGUUUCUUGACGAGGGACCCACGUAUGGUUGAAAGGAAAAAACCAGGCAAAGCGAAAGCAAGAAAGAGCUUCCAAUGGGUCAAGCGUUGAUCAGUUGCUACGACUUUUGUAUUUCUGUCCGAGCAGUUUUGUAUGGAACUUCAGUUUUGCCUCAAUGGCAAUGCAUCUCUUAAUGCACUCAUCAAAUUGGGCGGAAGUGAUUAUUUCU